GUUUAGUACAUUUGUGGGGCUAAGAAAGAAUAGUUAUUUUCUUGUACUUGAUUUGAAUUUGUUUUGGCUCUGGUUCUGUAAUAUGGCAAUAAUUUAUUUUAUUUUUUUGUAUUUAUAGAACUACUCCUGUUAUAGGCUUUGUUUGAAUUUACCGAGUAGAAGUGUAGAUCGAAUGUAUCCUAGUUUCACCUUGCCCGGUUUGGAACAGGUUGAAGAUGAAUAACCAGGCCUUCAUUCCACAGGAGUUUUUAUAUUUUAUUUUGUCUUUCUUGGCUUUUUUGUUCUGAUUCUGAUGAAUUGAUUUCUUAAGUGAAUCUCUAUUUUGCAGGACUUCAAGCUUGUGCUGUUAUGAAGAUUUUAGAUUUCUGUUCUCUCCUAACAUAAUGUACAUCUCUUGUUUAAUUUGCCAUUAUCGGAUUUAGUUUCUAAUAUACAAUUGGUUUCUUCUUUUUUUGAUAUAGGUGAUCAAAGUUUUCUGCAAAUUGCAAGCUAAAGCAAAUUUCUCAUCGCGAUGACCACUAGCACUAGCACAUAUGAGAUCAGAAAGCUUAGUUUGUAAUUCUUCUACAAGUUACCAACACAGACCGCCAAAUCUCAUCGUGAAUCAUAACAAAGCAAGUUGCAACAAUUUUCUUACUGGCAACCUUGUGAAGCUAGCUGCAUGGUACUUAUUUAAUCAGGCAUUGAUUUGUCUCUCUUCUGGUGUGUACAUAGUUCCAUUGGGCCAACAAUUACUUGCAGACCUUGAACAACUUGUGAAUACAGUCGAUUUGGCAUCAUCGGGAAAAUCCAUACAACCUCGGCCCCUAAAAAUUAUACCAAAACAAUUUUGUUCCAGUCUUUGUUUAGGGUCAGCUUUUAUUUUGUUGUUUUUGUUUUUGUUUUUGCAGGUUUAUUUGUAUGUGUAGUAUUGUAGAUUACGCCAAUUAUUGUGAAAGAGAAUUUGAACUUCUGUGAUUGGUUUUUUUGGCCCUAUUGAUGUUAUCUUUUAUACUUUUGUAGUUUAUGAGAAUCUGUAUGCAUCACGCUUAUUAAGAAUUUUUUUGAAAAAAAAAAAAAGCACACAUGAUGAAAAUGAUUGGAUAUUUCUAAUCUCUUAAAAGGAGUCCACCAAUACAUUUGAUUUGGUAUUCGAGAGAAUUUUUUAGUUUAAUUUUUUAUAUGAUUGUUUAUAGUUAUUUAAGAUAUCUAGCAAAAUUUUGAGAGAUUUGAAAAAAUUUAACAUGUUGAAAACAGUGUUCGAAUAAAGAGUGGUCAUAGAAUUGUUUUGUGUCCACCAAGUAAAAAAUUAAAUUUAAAAAGAAAGGCAGGUUCUUUGUGUAGUACAUAGGGAUCUUAAACGUGAAUUGAUUAUAUGGUCCAUAUGAAAUGAAUAACAAUGUAAAUAUAUAUUGGAAAGUGAAUUGUUCUUGUAGGUCUACAAAAGAAUAUAACUUCUCUUUUUGUUGAGAAAAAGAAUAUAUGUCUAUAAAUAAACUUAGGAAUAAUCCUAGAUGGGUCACCCUUUUCAAUGGAAAUUCUCUUCAUUAAGCCUUGUUGUUACUUAUUAUUAGCCUUUCAAUAUGAAAAACUUGCUUCUAUCAUUUGAGUGAGGAGAUUAUAGCUUUCACUAUGUGUAUUGUGUCCCCUGCAAAAUUCCAAAUAAGAAAGGAAUUGCUUCUUAAUGAGGCCAACUCUAUCAAAACAUAAAAGAAAUACUAAACCCAAAAAGAAAAAAUUACCUAACUGCAGGGAUUUGUAUAUGCAUAAUUGUAUAUAUAGGGACUUUGGUUGUUCUUAUUACUUCCCUCCUUUUCUACUUCAAUUUAGAAAGCUAAAAAAAAAGGACUUGAAGAAAACAUGUAUAUAGCAAAAGUUGAAGCUUUCCUUUGUGUCUUUUUCACUUUUAUUUCAUCCUACUAUAGCACUUUUACUAUUAUAAACAAUUGUCCUUUUACAAUAUGGCCUGGUACAUUAGCUGGUUCAGGUACACCCCAAUUGCUAACAACCGGUUUUCGACUUGACUCUGGCCAAACCAUUAGAAUUCCUUCAAUUCCCGGAUGGUCAGGGAGAAUAUGGGGAAGAACUGGCUGCACAUUUGAUGCAACAGGAGCUGGAAAAUGCCAAACCGGUGAUUGUGGUGGCACGCUUGAAUGUGAAGGUAGAGGUGCAAAUCCACCUACAUCUCUCUUUGAGAUAACACUUGGUCAUGGCGAUGACAAAGAUUUCUAUGAUGUUAGCAUUGUCGACGGCUACAAUCUUCCCAUUGUUGCCUCUCCAGUGGGAGCUUUCGGUGUCUGUAAUGCCACUGGAUGCGCUUCUGAUAUCAAUACUGGUUGUCCGAAAGAGCUUCAAGUGGUUGGAGGAGAAGGUGGAGAUGGUGGGAGUGGUGUGAUAGGAUGUAAGAGUGCAUGUGAAGCUUUUGGAUUGGACAAGUAUUGCUGCAGUGGUCAGUUUGCUAAUCCAACCACAUGUAAGCCUUCUUACUAUUCAACCAUAUUCAAAAACGCUUGCCCAAGAGCCUAUAGCUAUGCUUUUGAUGAUGGCACCAGUACUUUUACUUGCAAAGCUUAUGAGUACUCCAUUCUCUUCUGUCCUAAAGAUAAUGGGGUGAGAAAACCAAGCAAUGGAUUGACACCUCCAACAACACCAGGAAGUGAAUUUGCAUCACCAUCGAUACCAAAUAGCGGUUUGGCACCACCAACGAUACCAGAUACCGAUUUGGCACAACCACCACCAGCCACACCAAUAGGUGGACUGGCACCACCAGCCCUACCGGUGCAAGAGCCAUCAAUACCAGGGAGUGAGCUUGCACCACCACUGCCAGCCAUACCAGUAGGUGGAUUGGCACCACCAACCAUACCAGUUCAAGAGCCAUCAAUACCGAUACAACAGCCAUCGAUGCCAGUAUAUGGCCACAGCGAUCAAGCAGCAGUACGGAUGGUCUCUUCUUCUAACACGCUCUUGCCACUUCAAACCCUACUGCCAAUCGUUCUUUUGAUCCUCAAGCUAAUCUCAUGAACACUUCUAACUGCUCUGAAGUCUUGAGUCCUCGAGAGCUACUAAAGCAAUGAGCCAAGAGGAAGAACUUUGUUCAAAAAUCUAAUUUGAAGAGAUGCAUGCAGAUCAUAGCUCAUUAGAUCCCAUCAAUUGGCUUUUGUCAUGUUCUCAAAAUGUACAUCGUGAUAUUGUUACCAAAUAUAAAUCUUACAAAGGAAAAGUAGCCAAAUAUUUCUACAACUAUUUCAGAAACAACAUAAUUAUAAGGGUAAUAUGAUAUUUCAGUAUUAUUAAAAUUAAAUUUUUCAAGGUAUAUCGAUCCCAUUAUUUCGCCAUAAAUUCGAACCAACAUGUUUGUAAAAACCUACAAUUAGUGUCAUCUAAUAGAACAUAAUACAAAUUCUAUUGAUUGUUAGUUAUGGCAGAACUAAAAUAAAUAAUAAAAAUAUAAGUUUAUCCUCA